AUGCAUAGAAUCCCCCUUUUCUUGGCUUUGAGUCAACUCGCUACGCUUUCGUCAGCAAGGGUGCACACUCGACAAGCUAAAGACACCAAUGUCUUGAAAUGGGUCGACCCGUUGAUUGGCACUCAAAAAGGAGGCAAUGUCUUUGCCGGCGCCACUCUACCAUAUGGGAUGGCCAAAGCUGUUGCCGACGUCGACGGGGCGAACACGGGAGGCUUCUCUACCGAUGGAAGCAAUGUCACGGGCUUCUCGGCUCUGCACGACUCUGGCACUGGCGGCAAUCCGAGCCUAGGCAAUUUUCCCAUUUUCCCGCAGCUCUGCUCCGGAGAAGAUAUCAACACGUGCUACUAUGCCAUUGAUGCGCGCAAAACUGGUUACAAAAAUGACUCUGUCAAGGCGCGACCAGGCUACUUUGGAGUGUCACUGGACAAUGGCAUAGAUGCUGAUAUGGCGGUCUCGGAACGCGCUGCCCUCUUCCGGUUCAACUUCUCACAGCCCUCUACCGGCAAUGCAAAUGCGGAUCCGCUCAUUUUGCUCGACCUGACGGAUCUUUGGAGGAGUCGCCAGAACGCUUCCAUUAGCGUCGAGGCGAAUGAAGGUGAAUCGGGCGGAAGGAUAAAGGGAAACGGCACGUUUCUCCCCAGUUUCGGAGCGGGCACGUACAUGGCUUACUUUUGCCUGGACAUAUCUGGAGGAAGCGUCAAAGAUUCUGGUGUCUGGGUGAACGAUCGAGCUGGCACAGAACCAAAGCAGCUUUUUGUCACACGCGGCUUCAACAACUUCUACCUGCAAGCCGGCGGCUUUAUACGUUUCAAAGGCCCGCUUUCAGGGCCUCUGCUCGCCCGAAUGGGACUGAGCUUCAUGAGCAGUGAGCAGGCGUGCCAGAAUGCCGAGCGCGAGAUACCCGGUCCCAACUUUGACUUUGACAAGCUAGUGAGGUCAGCCGAAGAUGCAUGGCGCGAGAAGCUUGCGCCCAUUUCGAUAGAAGCGGGAGACGUGGAUGACAGCAUGCUGAACUACACGGGCGAGAAUCCGCGCUGGACGAGCGCCGAGCCAUACUUUGACUCUUUCUACUGCAUCUGGGACCUCUGGCGUGUCCAGCUUCCCUUUCUGACGAUCCUGGACCCCCAGAUGAUUUCGGUCUUCGUAAGAAGCCUCCUGGAUACGUACAAACACCGGGGGUGGCUCCCAGACUGCAUGAUGAGCACGUGCAGAGGCUGGACGCAAGGCGGGUCCAACGCCGACAACGUGCUGGUGGAUGCCUAUGUCAAGAACGUGACUACAGGCAUAGACUGGGAGCUAGCCUACGAAGCCAUCGUCAACGACGCGGAAAACGAGCCGCUGGAAUGGAGCUACCAAGGGCGCGGCGGCCUCACAAGCUGGAAGAAACUACACUAUAUCCCCGAGCAAGACUUCGACCCCAUUGGCUUCGGCACAAACUCACGCAGCAUAUCGCGGACACUCGAGUACGCCUACAACGACUACAAUCUCGCCGUUCUCGCGCGCGGCCUAGGCAAAAGCACAGCCGCCACCAAAUAUUUUGCGCGAUCAACAAACUGGGAAAACCUAUUUAAACCAGACCAGACCUCGUUCAUCAACGGCUCCGACACGGGCUUUAAGGGCUACUUCCAGCCCAAGUACCUCAACGGCACGUUUGGGUUCCAAGACCCCAUUGCGUGCAGUCCGCUGUCGGGAUGGUGCUCGCUCACCAGUAAUCCGUCGCCGACGUUUGAAAGUAGCAUCUGGGAGUACCAGUUCUUCGUGCCGCACGAUGUGGGCAGGCUGAUCCAGUUGUUGGGCGGAGACGACGAAUUCGUGCGUCGCGUCAACUUCUUCCAUACAUCUGGGCUGGCUGAUAUUGGGAAUGAGCCGGUGUUUCUCACGGUCUACAUGCCGCAUUUUGCGGGCCGGCCCGCGGUAUCGGCGGAGCGCGCGCAUUACUACAUCCCAUCCAGCUUCAACACGUCUCUGGGCGGUCUCCCGGGCAACGACGACUCAGGCUCCAUGGCCAGCUUCACGCUCUUCAACAUGCUAGGUCUAUUCCCCAACCCGGGGCAAAACAUGUACUUCAUCACGCCGCCCUUCUUCCCCUCCGUGUCCAUCACAAACCCGGUAACCAACGCCACGGCCACCAUCCGCGCCGUGAAUUUCGACACGGCGUACAAGAAUAUCUACGUGCAGAGCGCGACGCUCAACGGGAAGAAUUACACGAGGAAUUGGAUUGGACAUGAGUUUUUCACGCAGGGUGGCACGCUGGAGCUUGUGCUGGGGAGUAGCGAGAGUAGCUGGGGGACGAGGAGCGAGGAUCGGCCACCGAGUAUGUCUGAUGGGACGGGUGUGAGUGCGAGGGAUGUGGAUGUGGAUGUGCGAGGGAUGCUGAAUGUAGGGUUGGGAAUCAUGUAG